AUGGUCUUUCUCUCCCGUGCACUGCUCGCUCUCCCACUGCUGGGAUCACUAGCCCUUGCAGAUGUGGCCUUAGAUAAUGUCAUCCCACCAGAGUGCGGCGAUGAGGCCAACGCCUGCAACGGCCUAGUACCGGAUCAAGCUAAUGACACCCAAAACACAUUCUGGUGUAAUGACUGUCCCUGCAACAACAAACUGCUAGGCCAAAACCAAAUCGCGACUUCAGGCAACUGGUCCUCCAUCUUCGACGGCUGGGUCCCAUGGGGCGGAUACUGCCCUCGCGACUUCCUCUGCACCUGGGCCAAUUGGGCCAAGGACCCCUGGAGAGGCUUCGUCUAUGCGCCCAACGAUGGUGGCAUAGGCUGUCCCCAAAACGUAACCCUCAAUCCGGGUGACAGAUACGACCGCUUUGGCAGGAAAGAUGGCAAGUAUCUUGCUCUAGCCGGAGUACCGUACAGUCAGCGAUCUGCCCCGCCGAAUAAUUUGAACAAGUAUGUUGGUCCCGGUAAUACUGAGAAUAACUACUGGGUGUUUGAGGUAGUGCAGCCUUUUAAUGCAUCGCUGUCGCCUAUUGCGCCAUGGUUCGGCCAGCCUGGAGGUGCGGACCAGUGGUAUGUGGAGGAAGGAGUGCAAACCUUGUUAGACGAAGGAUUUCUUGCGGAAGUGGCACCAAGCGGUGCUUUGGAGGAUUCUGAUCUGUCGACAUGGGAUAGUCUGGAGCCGGUUCAAGGGGAACCGAUGUUUUAUCACUAA